UGGAAAAGAAAAUGGCCGCAGGAUGGUCACUCCAAAACGAAAAGCUCUUCGACUUCUCGCGAAGAGGGAAGACACAUUAAGGAGCAGCGAAGCUCUUUCCGUUUAAAUGUCAUUCUUCUCAUUAUUAUGAUCAUGUUUUUUCGUGCCUUCAUUUGAUGAGCAAUAACCUGCUUUACCUGAAAUUUCUGUUGGGUCCGAUUGUUUACGCGUAGCACGUGCUUAAAUACCGUGAUUCUCUCGGAAAAAUAUAUUGUACCCACAAAGAUAUCGGCGGGGAAGGCAAGCUGACCGGAACUGAGAGAUCAACAACUGAACUGAACCAAUCGGCAAUAACGUUGUUCAGCUUCAAAACCUUGCCAAUAGAGUGAGUCUGGAUUUGAACUAUUGAUCACUUUGAAAGGAAAGCUGCAGGCUAUCUUCAGAUACCAAGGUCUUUCAAACAACGCAACAUGGAUUUUGAUGCUACCUUGGAGGAAAAACCAAAUUGA